AGAAAUGGGUAACGAAUAACAGGAGGAAAGAAAACUCUCCAGAUUAAGGAAGACAAAACCUGUGUGCUAAGGAAAGGUGAUGAACCAACAGUAAGAAACAGUCCCAGGGAGGUGUGUAUGGAUCACACAGGGAAACGGACUGCGUCUCUAAUCUGAGAGACAGCUGUAACACCUGACACAAUCUCUGAUGAUAUCCUUUGCACCAUGUCUGAGGAACCUCCCAAUCAAGGCUCCGAUGGAGAGGGCCUCUUUGAGUGUAUAAUCUGCUUCACUACAUAUGAUACUCUCUUCCACCUCCCAAAGAACCUCUCCUGUGGCCAUGUUUUCUGCCUUGAAUGCCUCUCUCGGAUCACUGUGGGGUCAACCCAACCUGAAACGCUUUCAUGCCCCAUAUGCCGACUGCCUACCUCGUUACAACCCAAAAAGGGUCCACCAGCCCUCUCCACAGAUGAAGACGUGUUGAAAAAAAUUAGUAAAGCAACAAGCUGCCCAAUUCCUUCAUUGAGAUUUAGCAGAAAACGUGGACUUUUAUAUGUACCAAAGACUAACUCUCUCCAGCUCAGCACUGUCAGCCUAAGUGUGGACUUGGGACGCCCUCCACCUGACCCGCGAUCACCUAGAAAUCUGGUGUCUAUGUUAAGGUCGGCUGGUUGCAUCUUCUAUGGCUCUAUAGCUAUGGCUGUGUUUCUGACUAUCGCACUUGUCUUAGCUGGUGUGUACAUCUUUUAUCUGGUUCCCUGGAAUUCUAAAAAUGGGACUUCUUUAGGAACUGGGAAUGUCAAUUUAACGGGAGUGAUGAAUGUUACUUCUGUCAACCAGGGUGGUCACUAAGGAAACGGCCCUUCUGAUUUACAUGGUACCCGGUUUUCUUAGUCAACUGAAGGACAGUGUCAUCUGACAUGUUGGAAGAAAGUAGGUGACAGUCACUGGACAAUGGCAUCCACACCGAAUUGCACUCACUUAUUAGAUGCAUGUCUCAGGAGAUUAAAGUCUGUCUAAAAAAAAAAAAAAAAAAAAAGGAAAAGGUCUGCUUUAUCCCCAGAAGGAAUUGAUUCUCAAUG